AAAACAUUGAAUAAACAAGUAGUUUGUUUGGGAAGGAAACAAAAACCUUGGUUUUGAAGUCAUUGCUCCUUCCUCCUCUAGUGGUGUCUGUGCUGCAUCAACUCCCCUCAUUUUCAAAACCCACCUCACUUUUCAUCUCCCAAUCCAACCCUUUUCGUAUUCCACCGUGAUUCCGCAAUGCCGUUUCCCUGAAACCGCCACACACAAAAAAAAGAAACAUUUUUUUUGAUUCAGUACAAGUCAAUGGGUUCGGCGCUGUCAACGCCGGACACGGCGGAGCAUCUCGUCGGAAGCUUCGUCGGCGACGUGUCCAUCCCUCUCUCCUCUGACUUCUGGCAGAAGCUUCUCGAGCUUCCUUUCGAUGCCGAAUUGCCCUCCCAGCGCCUUCACCAAGCUUGCCAGUUAUUGGUGCAAAACAACCGUAAUACGAGGCAUCUUGCCAAGAUUUUGUUCCAUCUAGCAUGCUACUUGCAGGAGUCCAUUUCUACUUCUGGUGUGCUGCAGCUGGUUUAUGAAAAGGCUGUUAAUGCAGUUUACUUGACUUCAGUGUUCCUAAAACACUUGAUUGAAAGUGCUCAAGAUGGUGAUGUCGAGUUAUACCUGUCUCUCCAUGAUAGUGAAUCAAUACCAAAAAAUAUUUUGAGAGAUCAGACCAUUGAAAAUCUUGUCAUGCGGAAUGUGCUCAACUUUAUUGCAUCUGUAGAUGUGAGCCCCAACACAUAUUUCCUACAUCUGGAGCUGCUUAAUUUUAUGAUUAUUGCAAUCUCAACUCAGCUUCUUUGUGGGCCAUCUCCUGGACCGAAUGAUGUGAACCCAUUUCUUGAUGCAGCGAUGGCUCAGGAUAGCCAUCUGGUUACUUCAGUUGUGUGCAACCUGCUUCUAAAUUACAUUACCCGUCCUCGUGUUCCAUUUAAUAGAGCAUCUUAUUCCAUCUUUUAUGAUCGAAGUCAGAAUAGUGUGCUAAAGAGAGUCGGUUCUGCAGCUGCAAAUAUUGUGUUAUUGCCAUUCAGUUAUUUGAUCAGUUCAAGCAGUGAAGGUUCAAGAAAUCCAAUAGCAGAUAGCAGUCUUCAAGUGCUUCUUGUUCUCAUUCAUUAUCAUAAAUGUCUUGUGAGUGAGGGCUACUCUGUCCUAAAGAAUCAAGUAUCUGCCUCUUCAGAUUCUUCACCAAAAGAUAAUACAUAUUUUUCUGACAACCCUUACUGCAGGGCCUUAGAGCGUGCAAUUGAUUGUGAAUUGGAUUGUGUAGAUAAAGAGGGUAAUGCACACAGUGACCAGCAUGUAAAAUUGCCUUUUGCACCGUUGUUUGAUACCCUUGGCAUGUGCUUAGCUGAUGAGACAGCUGUCCUACUUCUUUACUCAUUUUUGCAAGGGAAUUCCACCUUUCUGGAGUAUGUCUUAGUCCGGACUGAUUUGGAUACAUUGUUAAUGCCAAUUCUAGAAGCAUUAUAUGAUGCUCGAAGGAUGACAGCUUAUCAAAUUUACAUGUUGUUAAUUAUACUUCUCAUACUUAGUCAAGAUACUUCUUUCAAUGCAGGAAUUCAUAAGCUGAUAUUGCCAACUGUUCCAUGGUACAAAGAACGUCUCCUCUAUCAGUCUUCUCUUGGUUCCCUCAUGGUCAUCAUUCUUAUCAGAACUAUACAGUAUAAUUUGUCUAAACUUCGGGAUGUAUAUCUUCAUACAACAUGUCUGGCAACAUUGGCAAACAUGGCACCUCAUGUCCACCGUUUGAGUGCAUAUGCAUCUCAGAGACUAGUCAGCCUCUUUGACAUGCUAUCACGAAAGUAUAACAAAUUAGCUGAUCUCAGAGAUGGUAAGCUCAAUAUUGCAGAAAACAACUCAAUUGAAAGAAGUAGCCUUGUAGAAGAUAUGUCAGCAGAGUUGCAGAUAUAUACUGACUUCUUGAGGCUUGUACUAGAAAUUAUAAAUGCAAUUCUGACUUAUGUACUGCCUCAAAAUCCUGAGGUGGUGUAUGCAAUAAUGCACAAGCAGGAAGUCUUUCAGCCUUUCAAGAAUCACCCCCGUUUCGAUGAGCUUGUUGAAAACAUCUACACUGUGUUAGAUUUUUUUAAUAGUCGCAUGGAUGCCCAAAGAAUGAAUGGUGAUUGGUCUGUCAAUUUAGUGCUCCAAGUGAUAAUUAUGAACUGUCGGUCUUGGCAUGCUGAUGGGAUGAAGAUGUUUACUCAACUUCAUUUCACAUAUGAACAAGAGAGUCACCCAGAGGAGUUUUUUAUCCCAUAUGUCUGGCAGCUAGUACUAUCCAGAUGUGGAUUUGAAUUCAAUGCAGGAGCUAUACAUUUGUUUCCUGCUGAUCUACCUACCAAAAAACUUGACAAUGGGGUGGUGAGAAAUACAUUCCAAAAUGAUGACUUUGACUAGCCUGAGUAUCAGCUUGAUCCGUUGCUGUGUGAUUGCAGAACGCGGCUGUCAAGUACUCCAGUUCUGUUGGUGAAUAUAUUUGUACAGAUGAAAUAGUGGCAAAAUAUAAUGUUUUCAUUCUUUUAUGUCCAUAAAUUUUGAGUGUUAUGGUUCAUUCCUGAAGAUGAAAAAUGAGUUGAGAUAUCCAUGUAAUGAAUAAAUGAUGAUGCUGCAUGUCACCCAUGUUAUGUCAUAGUUUCACAUGCGUGCCAUCACUUGCGCCUCUCAUUAAUUGCUGUUCAUUACUACCCGUCAAAUUUAUGGUUUUGUGGUUGCUUUAUAAUAAAGGCAAAUCUUCAUGGUGGAUCAAGAUUGACUUUAUAGAAAAUAAUACAUAUAUUGGUGAUACAAUUCCAAUGAUGAUA